AUGGACUUCCAUAGCAAUGAAACUUCAAUAAAGGGAGGCAACAAAGGUUACGGUGCCAAUCGGAUGAUAAGCAAUCACAGGGACAGAAUCCGGGAAUGCAGCAGGCUCCACCACAAGCUGUGAUUGUCAAGGGACAGGACCCACUGACUGCCACCAUGUUGGCCACAGCCCCACCCCAAAAACAGAAGGAGAUGUUAGGAGAACGACUGUUCCCUCUCAUCUCCCAGAUGUUCCCAGACCUUGCUGGUAAGAUCACUGGCAUGUUGUUGGAAAUCGACAACUCUGAAUUGCUUUACCUGUUGGAAUCCCAAGAGUCUCUGGAAUCUAAGGUUAAAGAAGCUGUUGCUGUGUUGCAAGCUGGCCAGAUGAAUAAGCAACCACCAGAACAGAAUCCAGGAACGCAGCAGGCUACACCACAAUCUGUGAUUGUCAAGGGACAGGACCCACUGACUGCCACCAUGUUGGCCACAGCCCCACCCCAAAAACAGAAAGAGAUGUUAGGAGAACGACUGUUCCCUCUCAUCUCCCAGAUGUUCCCAGACCUUGCUGGUAAGAUCACUGGCAUGUUGUUGGAAAUCGACAACUCUGAAUUGCUUUACCUGUUGGAAUCCCAAGAGUCUCUGGAAUCUAAGGUUAAAGAAGCUGUUGCUGUGUUGCAAGCUAAUUGGGCUAAUGAAUGAGCAACAGCUACCAAGCCUGCUGAAUAAUAAACAUACGGUACUUGGCAACAUUUCAAACAAGAUGAACAAUGACAUCUGGACAAUAUCAUAUUACACCAGUCGUGAUAUAUUUGCAUUGGAGUGUGUGUUUUUGUAGUUGACUCGCGAAGCGAGAUUAUCCUUACUGCCAUCGCCAUCUCUACGCUAAUUUCCAGCGGCUCAGUGUCACAAACUGUUUUGUUUAUUCUUACACCGACAGCAAAUAAAUCCUGCGCUUAAAGAUCGUCAAAUUUUGAAGACAUACUAUAUGUUGACAUUUUUAUAACAAUGUAAUUUAAACGAGUCACCUCAAUACGUUUUAAGGAAGUUAGCUCCUGAGCUUUUGAGCACAACUGCGUAGGAAGCUCGUACAACUAAGUAUGCAUUGGUUCAAUACUGAUCCCUUUGGUGCAAACAUAUUACACAUCUAUUAUUGAACCAUAUCCAGUUGAAAAAAAAUUUAUGUCAAUUCAAAUUUUGAAAGGGUUUUGCAGGCACUAUAUUUUGUGGCGGAAUGAUUGAAUAAUCAAAUAGUUCUAAAUCUGCGUGAUAUUACAGUUUCUGUUUCGUCUAAUACAUCUUCUAUUUUCAUACUUCAA